CCGUUUAGCCACCAACCUGACGAGACGGUCGAUUAUAUUUAAUUUUAAUAAAUUAACACACUUAAAGACACAGAUGAGUUCUGCAACUGACCCAAAGCAACUAGAGGAUGUACAAGGCGAUGAUCGAUGGAUUAGUCAGCAUAAAAGAUUUAUGUUAGAAGCCAAAGAGAGAGAGCCUGAAGUUGUAUUCAUAGGUGACUCACUCAUACAACACAUGCAGUUCUCUGAGAUAUGGGUGAAGAUGUUCCAACCUUUACACAGUUUAAACUUUGGUAUUGGUGGUGACCAGACACAGCAUGUUUUAUGGAGAGUGGAAAAUGGAGAAAUGGAUGAUGUCCAGCCAAAGGUCGUUGUUCUUUUGGUUGGAACAAAUAAUUAUGACCAUACAGAUAAAGAAGUGACAGAAGGUAUUCUUGCCAUUGUUAAAGCCAUACAGGAGAGACAGAGCCAAGUUCAAAUAAUUGUCUUGGGAAUUCCUCCAAGAGGUGAAAAACCCAAUCCACUCAGAGAAAAGAUUUCCAAAAUAAAUGAGGGCUUAAGUUCAAAAUUAAGCAGCACUCCAAAUAUCACAUUCCUGAAUGCUGAUUUUUCUGCGUUUAUUAAUUCGGAAGGGCUGAUAGAUUCAAAAGAUAUGUACGAUUACCUGCAUUUUACGAACGAAGGAUACAGAAAGUUUUGUGAGCCACUGGUAGAAGAAGUACAGAGCUUGCUUCAGACAUUUUUGAAGGUUGAAAACACUUCCAUGCACUCGUCUUCGACAGCGGAUUUGCUAUGUAACGAUACAACGUAAUAAGAACAUCCUACAGAUCGUCCAGAUCUUUAUGGCAGGGGCAAGGGUCACAUUUUUUUUUUGUUCUUUGUAUGCAUUUGUUGUAUAAAGCAGCCAACAUGCCUUAUCCCUAGCUAGCAUCUUGAAAUAUAAAAUGCUUUUUUCAGGGAAAUCCAUUCAAAUGAUGUAUAGCCCAGUGCUUUAAAAGUUUUAAUGUCAAGACAAGGUAACAGAACUUUCCUGUCAUUUUAUCAUUAAGAUAUCUUAUUUUGUGCUCAUUACACCUAAUGGAAUUUUAUGCUUUAGAAUUAAAAUGCACAAUAUGAAGCUGUUUUUGAUGUUUUUGGUUUUGUUAGUACAUUUUAAACAUGUUAAAACAGUAACAUAUUUGGAAAUCUCUUUAAAAAAUGCGAAAAAGAGUUAUUACAUGUAUUUACACCAUAUUUGAAAAUCCAUUGAAAGUUUUUUUGAUUUUUGUAUAAACACCAACUUUUUAAAUUGUACUUUUAAUGAGAGGUUCUUAUGAUAAGAUUGAAUGAAAAACAGUUAUAAAUGCAUGUGUUCUGUUUAAGAUGAGCUCAAUGGACAUUGGCAUGGUAUUUGAUAAGUGCUGUAAUAAAAGGGAAAAAAAUUGCAACAUUAACUGAAAACAACUAUCAUGGUGAUAGUUUUUUUAUUUGACAUGCAACAAUUUUUCCAUUUCUUGGAUUGAUUGCCAAAAUGCAUUUAUGAUAAAAAUACAUGUUAAGAAAGUUGUUUUGGAUGACAUUGAUAAUCUGUUAUUACAUGUACAUAUUGUAGCACAAAGUCACAGAUUCUAUUUCAUGUUUAAUAAGAAAAAAGAAACAGUGUUUUCUAAAAUAUCAUGAACAAUGAUAGACCUUUUAAAAAUAUUAUUCUGAAGGUUAUGGUGUAAAAAUUGCAAAAAUGGUAUAAUUAUUACAAUUAAAAAACAACAACUAUAAAAAAGAGUAUAGUAUCAUGACAGUGCUAAUUGUAUUCAUUUUAAUUUUUUUGCAAUAUUUUAUAAUUAGAAAAUGGGGAUAUGGCGAUGAAACAAAUUUCUAAAAAGAUACACUGAGAAAUGAAUGAAGUUUUACUGUGGUUCUUUCUUGUGAAAUCUAUCUGCAUGUCAUAAAUAACAAGGAUUGUAAGUAAAUUAAUUUUUUGUUCACUAAACAUAAAGUUAAAUUUAUGGUUAAGAAACCAUGUUGUUGUGAUUUAAUUUGACUUUGUUCUCAACAUCAUGAAAAUGUAAAUCGUUAAUUUGGAUUAUGUAUACGAUGAUUAUGAUUUUUCAUGUUUUAAAAUCAUAUCUAUAAUUAGUCAUUUUUUUAUCACUUAAUAACUUGAACUGAUAGCAUAUUAUUUUUUUUUUAUUAUGGUGCAAUAUACAUUGGGGGAAUGAUUUAUCUGUUUUUUAUUCCUGGUUUUAACAGGAUUAUAAGAGCUAAUUUUUUUUCCAUUUGUUAAUUUAGAGAGAAAAAAUCCAUUAAUUUUGUUAAACUGGAUGUAUAAAACCAGAAACUUUAAGAAAUCUUAUGCUAACAUAACCUGAAAGUCAACUAUAACAUGAAGUCGAUGGUAGCAGGCCUAUGGGAAUUGCCUCUUCAACACUAUGGUAUUGAAUAGUAUUGAAUUGGUUUUUUUUAGAUCACAAGCGUUUGAAUAUCAUUGUAAAUUGGUAAAUUAUGUAUGUUUAAAUUUUGAAGGUAAUUUUUUUAAUACAAGUUUUUCAGUUUGGAUAACAAUUGUAUACAAUUUAAUUUUUUUCGUUAUUGAUGGAAUUGGUUAUGUUGACAUGGUGGAUGCAUAUUUUAAAAUUUUUUUUUAAAGUUGUUUAUAAAGUCUGAGAUUAAUCUGAUGUCUGACAGUCUGUUUUCGGACCUGCUGGACACAGGGAUGUCAGAAUCUAGUCCAUGUAGAUAACAUGGAAAUUACCAUGCCAGACCUAGGACAACAAGUUUUGUCUUCAGUUGUAAAAGAUCCAUUAUCAAGCUGAUAAACCAUAUAUCAUUCAUUUCUUUAUUCCUUUUUCUCAACAAAUAUUUAACUUUCAUUCAAAGACAACCAUCCAAUAGCCCCAAAAAAAGUCUUAUUUCCUUAAACCCAACUUUAGGUUACUUUCAGAUUGAACCAUGUCCAGUCGUGGCAUGAGUUCAAUAUUUUAUGUCUUGUGUAUAUAAUUGAGGAAAAUAAAUCUUUCAUAUGUGCUACAGGGAGGUGAAUAAAAGAUCAAUAUUCAUGGUACAAAUGAUGUAGGGUUUGUAUGCUUGACAAUGGACCAACAAGGAUUUUUGGAUAGAAACUACCUUAAGUUUGAUUUGACAGUUUUAUUAUUUUGUAUAUAUGAACUAAAGCAAGUCCACAGAACAAUCUAUCUGUUAUCAAAGCAUUCUCACCCGAAGUUGUUUAUAGUGUUCAAAACAAGUUUCUUUCGGUUUUGACAUAUUCGUAAAGAGAUAGUGUAUUUGCAACUUAAACACAACAAACUUUGGUAAUUUGCUCUACUGCAAGGAUUUGUUAUAUUCUAGCUUGUAUAUACAGCAAGGAACUAUAGUGAUGUAUAAUUAUUUUCACAUAUGUUUAUUAUUGCAUGAAUAUAAAUUUCUUGAGGAUCAAAAGAUGUAUACUUAUAUGUAAAAUUUGCAAUACAAACAAUUAUAUAAAAAACAUCUAUCUAAAAAAGAGAUGUCUUUUAUGAAACUUUGUAUGUUUGCAACUACUUGCAAGGUCUUGAAAUUGACACUUGAAAAUGGGAGGUAACCUUUUUUGAAAUUUAUGUAAUUUAAGUUUUAUGUAGAAGACAAAAGUUGCACUUUUUGUGAAGAUAGAGUGGUGAUAAAGGUACAUACUGAAUAUUUUCAUCAGGUCACAAUCCCAAAAAAUGUUUUAUAUUUUCAUUCAGGAAACCAUGUUAAAAGAAAAGUUUGAUUUUAAAGUUAGUUAUAUAUAGCCUUUUAUUUACAAUAUGCAUUAAAAAUUUUACUAGAAAAAUGACAUUUAUGAAGAAUACAGAAACAGAAAUACUUAAAAACUUGCAUCUUAAAUACUUUCACAAUGCUGAUAUGUAGUUUUUACUUAAACCAUUUUAGUUGAUAAGGUAUCUUACAAAUCAGCAUAUCUUGAUGCCAGAAGGCUUUUUUGAAUUUGAUGAUAAAAAUAUAUCUUUCUUGGCAGAUGAAAAAAUAAAUAUGAACAAAAAGGAGAUUUGCCAUACUAAUAAUUUUUUAAGUCAAUGAAAGAUCAAAGUUUCUGUGCAAAAAGUGAGAAAAGACACUCUGUUUUGUCUUUUAAUCAGUUCAAAUUUAUUUUUGUUGGUAACCUAAUGAAUAGCUAUAACAUAUCUGUGAUAUAGUAUGAAAGAAAUUUUCAGGAGUAUUUUACAUUCUUUGAUAUUUUUAAAGGUUAACACAACUAUCUAAUUUACCUUAGACUGCAGGUUAGCUGGACUUUGUUCAUUUACCUGUCUACUUUUGAAAACCUACUCAAAGUUAACAGAUUUUGAAAUAAAGUACUGAAUACAAAAAUUUUCCAAAGUAUUAUAUGUUUGAUAAAUUCUUAUAAUGAAAAAAUUGGCAUGCCUACACCAUUGGAUGGUCACAGAUGACCAUCUAGUAGAAUACACAAACUGAUGAAAAUGACACAAUCUGCUUAAAAUAAAGUUAUCAGACUUAAAAUCAUUCCAAUAGUUAAGAGUAAGUCAUAACUAGAGAUGUUAAUUUGUUGAUAAAGAUAUUGUUAAUUGUUAAUUUUUAAUUGCUGUUUUUUUUUCAAAUCUUCAGUUAUAGUUAAAAUUUAUUUCCGGUUUUGACAGAAAUAGUUUGGUAAUGAAAUAAUUUGUCUCCAGUAAUUAUUUAUUUGUUGCCUUUUUAAAUGUGGUAUGAUACUGAUAUUAACUAUAUUGAACACUUAUUACAAUGUAUGGACCUCAUAAACAAUAUUUAUGAUGAUAUUCAUAUCAAUGAAAGUCUAUAUCACAUCCUAAUAUAAAUAACUUCAAAUAUGAUCAGGUAUGAUCAUGUCCCGAUCAGUUGUGUUUUGUGAAAGUCAAUGGAGACAAUAUGAUUUUUUUUUUUAUCUUACCCCAUAUCAAUCCUCAGGCUGAUGGACAUCUUAUGUUGUUAAGGGCAUGUAUAUAGAAGGGUUUUAUAUCAUAUUCUUAAUUUAUUAUCCUAGUAUGACAUAUUACAGCCUAAACUUACAUUGAUAAAAUUUGACAAGACCUAGGUUGUACAUUUUGAAUGACACCGUAUAAUUUUAAAUUUAAUUAUGCUUCAUUUGAAUUGAUAAUAUCACUAUUUCAAGGUUGAAUAAUUUUAAUUCUCUUUUUUUGUAAAUAUUAAUUUAUGAAGUGUAACUAACCAAACUGAAAAUUACAAGAACAUCUGAAUAUAUUUACUAGGAAGAUAAAUAUAAAAAUCUAUAAACAUUUUUUUUUGUUUUUGUUUUUUUUACAAUUUUGAUUAAAGAGAAUUAAAUAUUUGAGUCAUUCUUGAGUGAACUCUUUAUCAAGAAACCAAAUUUUUGGAAAAACCACUUCUUAAAGUCAUACCUCUUCUAAAGUCAUAUUGGAUAAAUCUUUUAAAGGGAAUAGUGGUCUUGAAACCCACAGUUCAGUGGCGGGUAUGGUCUCAGUACACAAAGUUUGCUGUACUUUUGAAUUUAAGUUAAAAGCAAUUUAGGGCUAUGUUUUGUAGUUGCUAGAGAUAUGGAGUACCCAAUGUUUAUAUAUCAUUUGGGUUAUAUAAAGCAAAUUUUUGAGGAGAAUAAAAUGAAAACUUAUCAAUAGAAAUAUUACAUUUUUGUGUAUGUUGUUAGGAAAAAUUAUGAGAACUUUUCUUAUCAACUUUAUUAUCACAAAAUAAAUAAAUGUACAGAUCUAUUGUUCACGCUGAUAAAAACAUUCUGUCAUAUGAUACCUAAGCUAGCUGAAUCACAAAUUCAUUGAUUUCUUUUGGCUGAAUCACAUAAAGAUUCAUUGAUGUCUUCUGGCCAAAUCACAGAUUUAUUGAUGUCUUUAUGAAUCAAUCUAUGAUUUGGAUGUAUUUCUUAAGUACUAAAUAAGGUGGUUAAAGGUAGUUUUAUUUGUAUUUGUAGGGAAUACAUAUAUUCAUGCAUAAGUAUAAAUGUUUAAAAUUAAAAAAAAUAAAAGAUAAUAUCAGCUUAUGAAAAAAGCUAAAUUUCCAAGAUGGCAACCUCACAGAGAUUAGGUUAAAUGCCUAGCCAAAGUUAAAUAUUUAGUGUAUUUACCUUAAAUUGUCUGCAGUGGUGUCUUUUAAGACAAAUUGAAUUUUGUAAUAUUUUAUUUAUAGAUAAACUUGAAAACUAAGUAUAAAUUUCAGUAUUGUUAGUAUAAUAGAAAUAAAGACAAUAUAAUGUUAAAAACUUUGGAUUUGAUGGUUAAUGGUUUUUGGUUUUUAUAAUGAUGAACUUUUUUUCAGAUAAAUUUUAGUUUUCAAUUAAUUUGAUAAUUUUGCAGAAAAAAGAUGUACAUGUAUAUAAUAUUUUUUUUAGUAGAUUUUAAUACUAGUUUAAAAUAUAAACUAAUCUGUGCAAGUGCGGGUAUUAAUUGAGGAUUAGAUAAAUAUGAAUAAGCAUAGAGUACUACAACAUCAUCUAUCUAUAUAUUAAUGUGCAAUCAAAGAUCAAAGGUUGAUAAAUGAUUGACAUUAUAUUAUAUUUAAAACAAUGAUGCAAUUAUGAGCUCUUAAAUCAACUGACUUUUUCAUAUUUUCUAAAGUAACUAGGCUGAAAGUAAUCCUUGUAGACAUCUCUAGUCCACUUAUGCUCUUAAUUUUUUUAAAGUGCUGGUGUUCUAUGUUCAAUAUACAGCACAUACAAUAUGAUUGAUUAAAAAUCACUUUUGCUACUGUAGAUUAUUAGAUUGAUAUUCUACCAAACAGGAUGCAUAUGAUUGCUGUUAAUUAAAGGUGAUAACACUCUGGAUUACUACGUUAUAUACCCUAUCAUUUACUAUCUAUGAAAUAUUCAGAGAAUUAUUUUAGAUUUAAAUCAACUGCAAACACCAGCAAUCACCGUAAAAAAAUCACAACCAAUAGUGAUUUUCAACUAAAUCACCUUGUGUGUACUGUAUGAAAUAUUUUUAUUAUGAAAAUUGUAAAAUUAAAAUCAAUAUUGCUAAGGUAUUUUUUUCACAAUGAUAGAAUAAAAAUAGAAAUAACCAUUUGCAUUUAAAUGGACAAACACCUAAAUGGUUUCCGACAUAAGUUCAUAUUUUUCUUAAUACUCAUUUUGAUUUCAUAACCUCAGAUGUUAAGUAAUAAGGGUUCUAUACAAUUAUUUUUUCCAAAUUUACACUUGUAAUAUCAUUUAUAUUUUUUGUGAAGCAGUGCUUCAACAAGAUGUUGACAAUAUUUGGUGCAUUUAUUUUUCACAGCAAAAACAGAUCUCACAUGUGCAAUAUAAAUUUAUGUAUAAUGUUACAUUGUUUGCAUGUAUAUUUCUUUUAUGAACAAUGUAAUAUGUGUAGCUAAUACAAAUAUCAUUUAAAG